AUAGACAAGAGGUCUAUUGAGAUUUUCCUUCAAGGGUGUCCAUUUGAUGAGGAAGACGUCUACCGCACGUAAGAAGUUCAUUAAAGCACCAGAGGGAGGAAGAAUCAUCACAAAAAUUAACAGAGAAGAAACUGUCUCCUUGACAAAAACGUCAUUUGGUCACAUAUAGAAAGAAAUAAUUGAGUAAGUACAGUAUUAAAUUUAUAUUUUGUGCAACUGUUGCGAAAUCUCUAGAAGAUAAACUUAAAAUUUGUUCGAAAAUACACCACAAUUAUUAGCAAAAAACAUAACCUCAAAAUCUUCAAAAAGUUCCCUGUAAUAUCAUCAAUCAUAAAUUGUACCCCUUGUACCAACACUGGUGUUACAUAUUCACACACACUAAAAUGAAUAAGUAACAAUCUGUCACACUCUUCCCGCCUUACAUGAUUGAUUUAGCGCCAAUAAUUUUGUUUCGUUUUCAAUCAUUCCACUAACUCUAAUUGCAAUGAAAGAGAAAGACAACAAGAUCAACUAAAAAAUAUCAAAAAGCAAAGUAAAGAACAAAUGUGAAGAUGUUAAGCCAAACAACGUAUUAUUGAAAAGUGAAGUGGAACGAAAGCAUAAAAAAAAUCAGUGUGAAUAAAAUAUUUUAAUAAAAUUAAAUAAACCAAACAAAGAAACAAUUAAAACAAUUAAUAUAAAACAAAAAACAAUAUUGUUCAUCAACAAAAUUGCAUAAAAAAAACAAACAAAAAAAGAAAAUCAAAAAUUGUGAAAAAAAAAAACAAACAACAACACAAGAAGACUUCUCCUAGAAAAAAAAAAAAAUCCAACAACUACAACAACAACAGGUGUCUCAUGGCUGAAAAAAGAAGUUCGAGAUUUGAUUUUAGCGAGAAGAAAACGACUACCGGGAAACCAAAAUGUCAUAUCUGUGGUCUAAAUCACCCUUUAAAGUACUGUCGCAGAUUUAAAGAAUGGAGUCUGGGAAUAAAGCGACUGUCCAUAAUAAACAAGGGUUAUUGCCUUAACUGUCUGGCCUUUGAUCACUCACGUCAGUGGUGCACUUCACGAGAACGUUGCCAGUUUGAAAAUGGUCCCAACAAGCUGUGUAAUGCUAGACAUCACACAAUUCUACAUCGUGAAGAACGGGACCCACUUUCUUCCAGUUUUGAGGAUGACAACCAAUCGGCGUGGAGUGGUGAUACAACAGUGGACAAUGUUCUUUCUGAGGCCAUGGUAGCAGUUAAGGUCGAAAAUACUCCAGUCACAGAUAAACUUACUGGGAAUCGUUCUCUCCUAAAUCCCACAGUCGCAGACAAAUUAAACGCUAAUCGUCCUCUCCUAGAGCCCACAGUCGCAGACAAAUUGAACGCUAAUCGUCCUCUCCUAAAUCCCAUAGUCACAGAUAAAUUGACUGAGAAUCGUCCUCUCCUAGAGACCCCAAACGCAAUUGACUCAACUGCGGUUUUUACUCUUCCUGAGACUACGGCAAAACAAGUGCAACCAUCAAAGGGUGCAAUAAAAAAAGUAUUAACCAAACGCGGCACGCAGACAACUCCAACAUCAAACCCAAUCAAAAAACCAAUUCCGAAACUAUUGGAAUCAGAUUCGAUAGACAGUUAUGUUACGCUAUCGAGACAAAAGCCUACUUGGCUAAUUCAACCUCCACUGGUACGAGUAAACAUGAACCAUCGGGGAUCAAAAAUGUAUACAACCUUUGUAAUCAAUCCAAAGGUAGAGAACUCCUAUGUUCUAGCAGAGGUAGCGAGAUGGCUACCAGAAUUUAAAUCAACAACCGAUAAGCAAGGAAAUCAGUGCGGUCUUUUUGUUUUAGAGCCCGCAUUUCCACAUAAAGAGUCAGAUGAAAUUAUAGUCAAAUUACCUAUAAAGCCAUAUCUAGAUGUCAACAUAUCUGAGCCCAUUAACGACAGUGCGUUCAUGAUGCAUUUUAAGCAUUACCACCCUCUAGGACAUCCAUUCUUCAAUACCUGGCGAGAAGUAGAUGGAGUACUUGGUAGAGAUAUUGCCCAGAAAAUUCUCUCCAAUGAAAUUGAAGUACCAUUAGAAAACGGACCCUGUGCUCAAAAAUCCAAAUUUGGUUGGAUAAUCUAUGGUCCUUGGAAAGGGUGCAUUUGCCAUUCGCCCGCGGGAGUAUGUUGAAGCGACUUCAACCUAUAUUAUUUUUUAUAGUGUAGAUGAAAUUUCCAUAUUUACUUUUUUAUAUUUUCCUUUUAUAUUCAUUUCUUGUACUCAUUCUUAUUUGCUGAAUUACAUUGAGUUAUUUUGUUUUUGUUUUAAUAAUCCUCAGAUCUCAACCUUUGUGGUUUUUAGUUUUAAGAAAUUAAGUUAGUUGUUCUUUAACACUCAACAAAAUUGUUAACUAAUCUAAAGCAGCAAGAGGCUGUUAAUAAAUUUAAUAGAAUUGGAAGCUUUUGGUGUCUUUUCUCCCACAAGGGUAUUUGGCCUGGGAAAGGCAAGCUCCCCCAGUU